AUGGUGAGGGACCACAUGCUCAAGAAUGGUCCUUUGAUUUGUGUUGGGAGGUUGAGAACUAAUUCUCUUAUGGACAUUUCAUCCACCAGAGGGUUACCUGAUAUGGAACUAAUGGAGGAUCCUACCUUUCUUCAUCAGUGGAACUUAAGCUCUAUUGAUGAGCCUAGCUUACUGCCAAUAGCUGCUGCUUUUGGAGAGACCUUACAACAUCAUUCAUUCACUUACCCAAACUUCAGCCCCAAAAUUGCUCAGACAUCAGGGGCACAAUUUGUUUCUUGUCCAAAUCUUCUUUCCUUUGUGGAUUCAAAUCACAUGAAUCAGUUGGGACUGGUGACGCCUAAGGAUGAGACCCUUUGGCCUAAAAUCAAUAGCACAACUCCUCCAGACAUGACCUCUCAAGGAACCUUGGGGAAUCAAAACUAUGUCUUCAAGGCCUGCCAGGAGGUCAGAAAGAUAGGGACACGUCCUAAACUUUCACAACCUCAAGACCACAUAAUAGCUGAAAGGAAGCGGCGAGAGAAGCUCAGCCAGAGGUUCAUUGCUCUAUCAGCACUUGUUCCUGGUCUACAAAAGACGGACAAAGCUUCUGUUCUUGGAGAUGCUAUCAAGCACUUGAAGCACUUGCAAGAGAAAGUGAGGGCUCUUGAGGAGGAACAGAACAUGAAGAAAAAUGUGGAAUCUGUGGUAAUUGUGAAAAAAUCUCAACUAUCCAAUGAUGUUGAAGACCCUUCUUCAGAAUCUGGUGAUCCCUUUGAAGAGGAAGUUCCUGAAAUUGAAGCAAGAUUUUGUGAGAGAAAUGUCCUCAUAAGAGUACACUGUGAGAAGAGCAAAGGAGUUGUAGAAAAAACAAUCAAUGAAAUUGAGAAACUCCAUCUAAAAGUCAUCAAUAGCAGUACCAUGACAUUUGGUAGCUAUGCGCUUGAUAUAACAAUUAUUGCUCAGAUGGAAAUGGAAUUCUGCAUGACAGUGAAGGAUCUUGUGAGAAACCUACGCUCAGCUUUUACAUCUUUCAUGUGAGGACGUUCCUUUAGUUCAUAUUAAACAGACACCAAAAGCAUAAGAAGAAUAAGAGUUAGAGUCAACAAAAUAGCAGUUUAUGUUGUUCAGUAAUAUUUCUGCUUACAAGGCUUGUAAUGUCUCUGCCAUCUCAUCUUCUCCAAGCAUGCUCUAUGGUUCAUUUUGAGGGAGGGUUUUUCUGGCCAUGUUUUCCUUUUUGCAUGGUUAACUUGUUGACCAUGUUAUUACUACCCACCUGUUCUGGUUAGGCAUUUUUUGGCAGGAGGUUGAAAAAGUUCAAUCCGUUAUGUUUUCUGUCCCUCUCUUACCUAAAUCUUACAAAAGGGGCAUUGGUUUUUUGGGUGUCUUUGACAAACAGGCCUUUGUUUAGCAUCUUGUUAUGUUCUCUUAUAAGUUUCUUUUUGUUUCAACAAAAUAUGGUUGGUAAAAACUGUGAAGAGUUUGAAUAGUUUGCUGAAGGUUAUAAGUUAAAACCUCCUGCAACUUUUGUAUCAAAAAUAUAUACUUUAUGUUAGUUUGGUUGACAUUGAUGGAAUAAUUGAACCUUUUACAAUGAAUGUAUAAUUUACAUGUUUCCCAUACACGUCACAUUGCAUGGACGCUACAGAAAAAUACUUCAACAUGAUAUCUUGCAAAAAAUAAUGUUAUCAAUGCCAUUUUAUCAUAACUUCAAUUGAUCUCUCAUAAGCAUUAAUUGCUGCAAAACCCGGACUAAACUAACUGUUUCAAAUGGUCAAUCCGUAAAUCAAUUGUGUCUUUGGUUUAAUUAUUUUUUAUCAUGUUGUCUAGUUCAAUCAAGUUAUUUAGUUGAACAAAUUAAAAAUCAUGAUCCAAAAUCUCACUAGUUUUUUUUUUUUUUUUUUUUUUUUUUUUUUUUUUUUAUAAAUGAGUUUUGUAUUUAAAAUUAGUUAACAAAGAUGUAUUUAUUUUAAAUUAUUUAAUAGGUUAAAAUUAUGAUAUAUGAAAUCCGAUCAAUGAAGGCUAGGCUUAAUCUUUAAGUAUAGCUUUACUAUAAGCUGCAAAUACAUAAAAGGCAACUACACUGUGAAGAAUGUAGGACUUGGAGGUUAGUGACCAUAUAUUCAAUCUAAAUUCACCAUGAUCUAGGUCAAAUUGUUUGAAUCAUCUUGUUUUUUAAAAAUUAAUCUAGCUCUUAUAUAAUGCAAACCAAUUAAGGUUCUCUCAUAACAUCUUGGAUAAUCCUCUGGAAU